GUGUGGCUCGGGCGGCGGUGGCCGGCCGAGGCACCUGGUGUCAGUGAGCUGCGAGGAGCCGGCGCCCCCGUGCCUGGUCAGUCCGCGCGUCCGCCUGCCCACCGGGGUCUACGGGUCAGUGCCGCGCGCAGCUCUCCGAGCAUCUCCCGGCGGCGCACCUGCUCCGCGCACCUGACGCCGCCCGCCCCGCGCCCUGGGUCCGCGCGGGACCCCGGCCCGGCCGUGCCCCGCGUCCGCCCGCCCCGCGCCGCAGCCGGGCCCAGGCGCAGCGCUGCGGAGGUGAGGGCCGCCGGGGCCGGGACGGGCCGGCGCGGCGAUGAUGAACAGGUUCCGAAAGUGGCUGUACAAACCCAAGCGGUCGGACCCGCAGCUGCUGGCGCAGUUCUACCACGCGGACGAGGAGCUGAGCCAGGUGGCCGCCGAGCUGGACAGUCUGGACGGGCGGAAGGAUCCCCAGCGCUGCACGCUGCUCGUCAGCCAGUUCCGCUCCUGCCAGGACAACGUGUUGAACAUCAUUAACCAGAUCAUGGAUGUGUGCAUCCCCCAGGAGCGCGCCCCGCGGGAUUUCUGUGUCAAGUUCCCCGAGGAGAUCCGGCACGACAACCUGGCUGGCCAGCUCUGGUUUGGCGCCGAGUGCCUGGCCGCCGGCUCCAUCAUCAUGAACCGCGAGCUGGAGAGCAUGGCCAUGCGGCCGCUGGCCAAGGAGCUGACCCGCAGCCUGGAGGACGUGCGCGGCGCCCUCCGCGACCAGGCGCUGCGGGACCUCAACACCUACACGGAGAAGAUGCGGGAGGCGCUCAGGCACUUCGACGUGCUGUUCGCCGAGUUCGAGCUGAGCUACGUGUCGGCCAUGGUGCCCGUGAAGUCCCCCCGGGAGUACUACGUGCAGCAGGAGGUCAUCGUGCUGUUCUGUGAGACGGUGGAGAGGGCCCUGGACUUCGGGUACCUGACCCAGGACAUGAUCGACGACUACGAGCCAGCCCUCAUGUUCACCAUCCCCAGGUUGGCCAUCGUGUGUGGCCUCGUGGUCUAUGCGGAUGGACCCCUGAACCUGGACCGCAAGGCAGAGGACAUGUCCGAGCUCUUCCGUCCCUUCCACACGUUGCUGCGGAAAAUCAGGGAUUUGCUGCGGACCCUGACCGAGGAGGAGCUUCACACGCUGGAACGGAACCUCUGUAUUUCCCAAGAUGUGGAGCUCCCCAUCCGGGCGGACACGCCGGUGCCCCCUGCCCUGGAGCCCGCCCUGCCCGCACCCCUCGCCCCGGCGGAGCCCAGGCAUGCAGAGGCGGAGCUGGCGUGCUCCAUGCAGAAUGACGACCAGGAGCUGGAGCAGCUCAGCCGCAUGGUGCACAGGGCCGGGGACGUGAUGUCCUCCCUCCUGUCCCCGCCCAACGCCUGCCAGCCCCCUGCGCACAGGCCGGGCGCCGAGGGCGGUCCCCUCGGGCAGGCAUCCCCGGGCUGCCCGCGGCUGCCGCCGGGCAGCGACGAGGACGAGGGGAGGGUGUUCUUCAUGGAGGAUGUGGACGGGGCGGCGGAGCCCCCGGGCGGCCGGUCUGGGUGGGCAGGCGACGCCAGGGCCGACCCCCGGGAGAGAGGGCGGGGCGGGGAGAGCCGAGAGGCGGGGGUCAGAGCAGCCGCCGCAGCCGAGCGGGAGGACUUGCGCAGCAGCACGAGCGCGCCCGGCGACGAGACGCGGGCGGGGGGCCCCGGCUCCUGCAGCUGCCUGGACCCCCAGCCACAGCUGGACGGCUGGGAGGCGAGUGCGGAGGACGCCCAGACGGCCGAGCUGAUCGCCCACCGGACGGGGGGCAUGAAGCUCUCGGCCACGGUCAUCUUCAACCCCAAGUCGCCCACCUCCCUGGACUCUGCCCUCGCCAACCCGGAAGUCCCCGGCAACGGCGUCUCCCCGGGGGAGCCGGCGGCCGCGGGGACGGAGGGCGGCGCCCACAAACUCGGCGCCGCGGCUGCCAACAGCCUCCUGAACUCCUGCGUGUGCUGCAGGGGCUGCGCGGGCAGCAGGGAGGACGCGGCGGAGAGCCUGCGGGGCAAGUGCGGCUCGGGAGGCGUCAUCCGCUCCUCUUACGUGGGCUCCGCCAAGGCCUGCGCCAAGGGCUCGGCCGCGGGACUGCUGGAGGCCCGGCCGGCCCCGGCCGCCUUGCCCGCGGCGCUGGGCGCCCCGGACCCCCGGCCCUCGGAAGACGCCCCUGGCGGGCAGGAGCCCAAAGCCCCCACUUCCGACAAGUGCCUGGCACACACCUCAGGGCCCCAGGUGGACGCGGCAGACGGGCUGCCUGGAGGGGGCGGCGGAGCGAGUGAGCCAAAGGAGGCUGAGGCCGGGCAGCCCUCGGAGGCCGGGGAGGAGAGUCGGCGUGGAGGGGCAGCCGGGGAGGAGCCCCAGCACCUGUCGGGCUCCAGCGGCUCCGUGGCGGGAUCCUGCUCCUCAGACGAGAUGGGGCCGGACGCAGGCCCCGUGGCCAUCAGAGAGAAGAUCCGGUCCCGGUUCCACGGCAGCCACGACCUGAUCCACCGCCUGUUUGUCUGCAUUUCAGGCGUGGCCGACCAGCUGCAGACCAACUACGCCAGUGACCUCAGAAGUAUUCUCAAGACCCUCUUCCAGGUCAUGGCCACCAAGCCGGAAACGGACGACAAGGAAAAGCUAAAGAAGGUCACCCAGACCCUGCGGAGCGCGGCCUUGGAGGACUGCGCUCUGUGCCAGGAGACCCUGUCAUCCUCCGAACUCGCAGCCAAGACCCGAGAUGGAGACUUGGAAGACCCGCCCGAGUGGGUCCCAGACGAGGCCUGCGGCUUCUGCACCGCGUGCAAAGCCCCCUUCACCGUCAUCCGCAGGAAGCACCACUGCCGGAGCUGUGGGAAGAUCUUCUGCUCUCGCUGCUCCUCGCACUCGGCGCCGCUGCCCCGCUACGGGCAGGUGAAGCCCGUGCGCGUGUGCACGCACUGCUACAUGUUCCACGUCACGCCCUUCUACAGCGACAAGGCGGGCAUCUGACCCGGUGCCCCAAGCCCACGAGGGCCCCAAAGGACUCCAGGGAGGAGGCCUCCAGCCACGGGAGGGUCUUCACCACCUUUCAUCCAGCUGCCACCACCACCGCUGCCGGAGCUGCGGGCCGCCCUGACUUCCAGCACGUCCAAGGCCUCCGCCCCACCCGCCCUGGCCUCCGCACCCGUGGGGACCUCGGGCCAGCCGCAGGGGCCAACAGGAGGGCAGCUUCAGCCAGUGGGGGGACCUGGGGGUGCCAGGCGGCUGCCUGGGUGGGGUGGGCUUUCCUCCUGCCCGUCCGCCUGCUCCCCUGCCCUGCUGAGAUGCUGCCUUGAGGCUGAACCGUAGCAGAAGGUCCGCCCUGGAAGGGGAAAGUGGGGAUGGUGUCUGAGCUCAGGGCAGCCUCAGCCCCUGGGGCUGAGUCUGGGGAGAUGGUGGACACCUUUGGGGGGGGGGGCCUGGGGCACCGCAGGGCUUCCCCACAUGCUGGCCAAACCAGAAAGACUAGGCUGUCCUUUCUCUGUCCAGGGCCCUGAGCCCACAGCUGCCCACGCCCUGCUCCCCUCAGGACCUUGUCUCAACAGCAUGAGUCUCGUUUCUUGUCGGAGAGGGGACGUGCAGAAGCAGGCCUGGUGGUCCUCUGGGCAAGCAGGCGCGCCCCUGCUGCCGUCUGCCCACCCAGGUCCGCCAGCCGAUGGCGGGGUCAGGCGGCGGGCAGAGGUUUCCCAGCUUCCGAGGCCAGGGCUCUCCAGGGGGCUGAGGACCCCCGAUGUUGCCCGCUUGGCUGCCACUUCCCCCUUCCCUCUGCACCCCUGGGACCCUGGCCCACCUCCUCAGACCCCAGAGUGGCCCCGGGCCCCAGCACGGACACGUCCUCAGGCUUAAAUCUCAGGCUUCACAUUGCAAUGACGAUUGCAGUUUUAUUUUUAGAGAGAUGACACACCUACUGCUUCUUUUAUAGGAUAAAAUCCAAUUACUAUUUGACACUGGAAUACAUACGCACAAAAACAGCUUCUGUGGGAGAAGAAAAGCAUAUAAUGGAGGGUAUAUUAUGUAUGGAGAUUAUUUUUAUUUUCUAAAUGCUGUAAUUCAAAACCAUUUCCAUAAAUCUAUUUAAGGAUUGCAGACACUCUUAUUCCUCAUGUGAACAUGGAUGGACUCCUUUUUCUCGG